AUGGUCGCCAGAUCGGACUUGCUUUACAAGAUCCCAGCUGGUAUAUCUUCCAAGAACGCGAGUACUAUAUGUAUAGCUGCACACACAGCAUCAGAUGCCUUGUUGAAUGUCAUCGGUCUGGGAUUCCCUCCUGCCGACGUACCUGGCAUCAGCGUUUCUGGAAAGGGAAUUCUCAUCUGGGGGGGCGCAAGUAGUGUUGGCAUCAUGGCCACCCAGAUCGCAAGGGCUGCCGGUUUUCAGUACAUCUUUGUUACUGCAUCUACCAAGAACCACAAUGAUAUGAAAGCAGGUCAGAAACCCCUUGGAAUCGAGUUGGCCAUCGCUUUUGACACCGUCGGCAAAGGAACAACAAAUCAUGGACCUCCUACCGGCCCAAGCGGCCCGGAGCUGACUAGACUUGCGUUAUCAGCAAGUAACCCCGGUGACCUCCGUCUAGCUUGCACACUCCCAGUCCCUGCAGAUUCCGAUUUCGGGUUCUGCGCUUCGUUCCGACCGAAGGGUAGUCUCAACGCUAUGGGGGCACCUCAGGACCCUAACUCGUCUGGCCGAGUGCGCAAGGUUAUGGAACAUCUGUUGGCAAAUGAUAAAGAAAGGUUAAAGCUUCCUGUCGUAACAACUAUUACUGGUACAAAAGCUGGAAUUAGCGGUAUUCGCCGUGCUGCUGAAGGCAAAAUGAGCUUGGAAAAGCUAGGUUUAGAACAUCCUCUAGACUAG